UAGUGAUUAUUUGAUUAAUAUACCUUUCCCCAAAUCGAUAUCCCUCUUUAUAUAUCUCCCUAAACAAACAUGCUGUUAUACUCUGUUGUGGCUAGGUUUUUGAGUUGACGUUCCUCUAAAAAUUUAGUCUUUCUCGUAGGACGCCGCCCUCCCAAGGAAGUCUGAUCUGAGGUUGUCAUCUGGUGAAUCAUUAGGACUACGAUGUUGGAUGAGGAGUUCUAUGCUGAAUUGGUUGGCAUACUCAAACGUGAUGACAAAGAUAGUUUUGUGGAGCUCCUUGAUGAGAAUCCAGAACAUGUGGAAUCAUGUUUAAUGAUACUUUGUGCAAAGCAUAAAUCCAAAAAAUGUUUGACUGCAUUGGUGACUGGGGAGGUGUGCGAACCACCCCCUCCACCAGAGGGCUGUGCUACAUGUAUUCACGGAGUUGCUUAUGUCUACCCUGACCCUGAUGUUAUUAACAUAAUGCUCAUGCGAGGUGCUAUCCGGGAUUGCAACAUAAAGUGUAAAGCGGGUUUCCCUUCCAAUUAUGGGACCCCGCUUUUCCUUGCGCUUGAUUCUUUGAGUCAUCCUGCAGUCUCGCAUCUCGAUUCGUGGUGUCUAGGCGACUCCAUCAUCAAACUUAUAGUGCUACUUUGCAUGUGGGAAACGAAACAACGUUUGGACUCUGCAAGGCUGCUAGCUUGCCACACUGAGUCGGUCAAUGACAUUGCUUGGACCUUACUUCAGGACGGAAAAUUGAAGCAGUUGGCGGCUUUACUUUUGGUUGCCCGAGAUGAGGCUAUGGCUCCAACUGAGACGGGGAUGACAAUUCAACAACACCUUACCAAUGAAAUUGAUGGAUUGAGUUCCGAAGUUGAUUUUGACAAUUCUAUGCUUAUGGAUGCCCGUGUGCUGUUUGAUGUUUUUGAUAGAGCUGGUGAAGCCUUGAGCUCAUAUUGUAUCACGAUGUUCAAACCUAUCCCUCCGGAGAAAGUGUUGGUCGAUGUUGUUGGGCUGCUUAAGGAAGCUGGUUUUCCCCUGCAAUCCAGGGACGUUGACUUGCGCGAUUGUUACAGGGGACGUCGUGGGGUUUGGAGAGCAAACUUGUUCAAGCUGUCAGAUACUCUGAGACCGGACAACAUAAUCAUGGAAAGCUCCUCUUCAAGUUCACAUUUACAUACUUUUGCCGGUCAGAAUGGAAAGCUUGUGUAUUCUCAACUCCAUUGGGAUCCUUUGCUUGGUAGGCUCAAGUCGAGGGAAGUUCUAAAAUUUUCGUCUUCUGUCCCUGAAGCGCGGUCGCUUAGCACAGUAGCUGGUUCAAGCAUACCACUAAGACGUCAUCUGGCUUAUGUUGCCUUCAAGCUGAAAAGAGGGAUCCGAUAUUUGUGAUUAGUGAUUAUCAUCUACUCCGUCCUUAAAAGCCAUGUGCAUUGUCUAUUGAUGGGUUGUGGUGUUCACUUUUUUGGUUUGAACCGCUAUUAUAAUAAAAAUUGUGUGGAGAAUUAGCUAUAACCUUAACUCCACCCAUAUAUAAAUAUAUUAGUCUUGUCUAUAACCCCGGUUCGUGUAUGGCUAUAUGCUACUCUGUAUUACGUUUUGUUUAUGUUGUAAUUUAUGAAACUUAACAUUUUCUUCAUAAUUUUCCCUCUCAUACUUUACCUUUCUUAA